GUGCGCAUGUGCAGUGAAAGCACCGAUAUCACUUCCUGUUUGUAGGAUGGAAAUGUCAACAUCCAACGAAGUGAAGCUGAUUCUGUGUCUUAGAAAUGGUCAGCAAGUUGAAUUCGUUAAACCAGGCGGCGUAACAAAUGGCGAUGUUGACUUUGCUACAUUACACAAAGCUCUUUGCUCUGUACAGCAAGAAUCAAAUGAGUUUUUAACUACCAUCGUUGAAGAAGAAAAGGCUUGUGCACGUGGUACCAAUCUGGCUACAACAGGGGAAGAUGAAGAGGAUGAGGAAGAUGAUGAGGAAGACGAUGAUGGGAGUGGCGAUUCUUCAUUAAAUGGACCUGUGGAAAAGAAACAGAAAAUUUGAAACUGAAAAAUGAUUAGAUAUCUUUCUUGAUCGAUUAUUUGGUGCCUGAAGUCCAUAAAAACUUUAGAACCUAAGAAGGCUUGAAGAUGGAUUUGAUUAGCAUAAUAACUAAUAAUAGUGAACAAUGGAUACAAACUUGUGUCAUGAAAUCCAUCUUCUGCAGAAAGUCUACUGAGAUAUAUGCUGUCACUAUUGUUUUAUAAUCCUUUGUGAAAUUCUGCUGGAUAACAAUGCAUCUUGGUAGCUCUCACAACAAGGCAGUGUAAAUCUGAUGGAGUGGUCAACGAUUCUCUUAGAAUUUGGCAGUGUGAUUGAUUGACUGGUUGAAUAUCUUCGUUGAUGUGUAACUUUAUUUUUACAUCCUUAUACUUUCCAAUUCCAAUUAAAAAUGGACGAAUACUCGUCAAAAUUCA